CUUGAAAAGAUUUAAUGGAGAAAACAAGAGGAGUCCCAUUAAGAUGACACGCACAGACCCACCUGAUCUACUGGUAUCAACUGUGUAUCAAGACAUACAAGUGAAAUCCCUUUCCUCACACACCCAGUCCCCCCGUCCCUCUGAACAAUGUGAUUCCCCAUCUUCCAGCACACUGGAGGACAAUCGGGACAAGAGCAAAAAGAGGCACUGCCGUAGCUUUGAUUUAGUCGGGUCUCUAGACAGGCCCAAAUUCAACUCUAACUCUAUGGAGUACCCACAUAGAAGGGCUGACCGCUAUGUGGCUCAUCCAGAUGUAGCCUGGAAUGCCUUGGGCCGCCAGCAGGGUCAACAUCGUUUUUCCUCUCCUGACCUUUACUCCCAUAGACUGACCCCACAGCCAAUCAGUGCAGAAAUGGCCAGUGAAAUGGUCGUUACGGACAUGAAGAGAAGGGCCAGGUCGAAAAGUGCCACGAGGGCACAGGCCAGUCUGACCCCUGUGUCGUUUGAGGGCUCCCCGCCCGUGGGAAGAAGAGGAAGAGAGACACAGAGGUUACCGCGGGACACCAAGUGGAAGCCUGAGGUGUCGCCACGCCGAGAGUGCUCAUUCGCUGCAACCAGAGCGCUCAUGCAUGAGGUGCACCCCAUCAAACUGCAGCCCCAGCGCACCGACACCAGCCGCUACUCCCCAGUGUUCACCCCAGAGGGACUAGACGAGGGCCGGCCGGAUAAGCCUGCUACUAGCCCUCACGUCAGGUGCAGGGUGGACAUCAAGCCCGACGACGCGGCCGUGCAGCAGUCUGGACGGAAGCCUGCCACGCCCAGGAUGGACAUACCUUGGCAGAGGUACCCAAGUGGACAAAGUCGGAGUCUAACUGUGCCCCGGCAUUUUUCAAUGUCAAGGACACCGACACCCACAGAUUCCUUCAGCGGAGACUACAGGCAGGCGUACCAGUAUUCCCACAGUAUGCCAAACAGUUACAUGCACCCUGUGGAGAUACCAAUGCAAAGGAUGCCUUCUCCAAGGGAGCCGAGGGAAUACUACGGAAGGGAAAGAAGGGCUCAUUCCAGCCCCAAUGUGCCAACUAAAUUCUUUUAUGCAGAGGAUAUGGGGAGAUAUGCUACCCCUGCACCUCCUCCAGCAAGGACUUACUAUCAUGAGGACCACUUCAGCAUUCCCAGCCAAAACCUCACCCCAAAAGUCCAGUAUGUACAAGACCCAAGGACUCGACUGGUGCAUACUGUGCCUGCCCGGCCAUACUUUGCUGAAAUAGACCCAUGUCAGUAUCCACCACAGGUGUAUCAAAAACCUUACGCUCCAAGCGAACCUGGGCCAUACAUUAUUCAGACACCCCCUGCAAGGUCAUUCUACGGAGAUGAUCCGCGGACGUACCAGAUCAAGACGGCGCCCCCGCGCAUUUUCUACACGGGUGACCCCUAUGCACCCCCAAUGGAGCACCACAUUCCAGCGAGGGCGUACUACACUGAGGGGCGUCAGCGUGCGCGAGUGGUGCAGCCGCAGCCUGAUGACUGGUACGGCUCUGAUGUGUCGGGCUACUCUACACAUUAUCCUUCCUCUUAUGUCUCUCAGGUCACUCCGACCCGAGUCAGGCAGGAACCGGUGCUGACCACCUGGUAUGCUAAUCCCUGUAUUGAUGCAACGAGGCCGGUCCAAGAGCCGAGGCAACAACACUCGCGGUCCUGGGACAACAUCCUGGACACACAGGUGGAGCGAGAGCAACCUCAAGCUGCACCACGUGGUCGCAGCUACGAAACUCUCCUGAAUCAGGAGAAACAGACUUUGUCCACGGAGGACAAACCAAAACCUGUGGUUGUCAACCUAUCUACAUCGCCAAGACGCUAUGCAGCCCUGUCCUUGUCCGAAAACUCCCUCAUUGACAAGAGCCCGACAGAAGGUGGGAAGAGUGCAUCAGGAAAGCUUUGGUACGUCACGCCUGAGAUCACCAUCACUGACAAUGACAUUCGACCAGGAAUCCUCACGAAAUCAGAGGGACGCUCAGCUAGCUGGGAUGUGCUUGAUUCCAGAAGUGCUCUAGGUCGAGAUGCAACCGCACAGGAAGCAAUGUCCUGCUCAGUGGACUCUACCAAAGAAAAGACCCACAACAGUUCAUCACUGCAGCAAAGCCUAGAGCAGCUUGAUGAGCUUUUAGCAGAUCUUGUCAUUGACUACAAACCUUCUUGUAGCAGUAGGCAUAGCGAAGACCUAUUGGGCCAACUCAAGAAACUAAUUGAUGAUGAGGAAGCAGCAUCUUUAGCCAGAAAGGAUUCAAAGGCAGGGUCUGAGAGCAGUUGCCCUCUGGACAAGCAACCCACCUCGAUCAGAAUGACCCCAGAUUCUUUUAAAGACAUGGAUGGCACCUGUGAUACCACCAGAAGCACGGAGGAGUGCUCCCCAGACCAGAGUCCUGACGAAGACGACACCAUGAUGUGCUCCAACAGCAGGUGUCAGCGGACUGAGACAAUGUUCAAUGCUUGCCUGUACUUCAAAUCCUGCCACAGCUGCUACACCUACUACUGCUCUCGUAACUGCCGCCGGGAACAUUGGGACAUCCAUAAAGAAAGCUGCUUGUAUGGACGCAUUGGUAGUAUUUGCCGCCACAUCAUCAAGCACUGCCGUGAGACAACCGAAGUUCAUAAAGCCUUCUCCCGAAUUGCUAAGGUGGGCUACUUGUCUCGGGGGAGAGGCGUUCUGUUUUUAGGAUUCCCAAAUCCAGGAUCAUCUUCAAACUUCCUUCAGUAUGGCCUGGAAAGCCUCCUUAUGUCCCCAACGUACCUGUCACUCCGAGAACUUGACAGCUUCAAAGAUAACCUGGGGGAGUACUGCAAAGAUCUGCAGGAGGCUGGGAAGGAGUAUGAUCCCAAUGAAUGUUUCCUCUUGAAUGUAUCCAUCGCCGUUGGCGAUCAAGUGCCAGAUGGACCAUCACCAAGGGUCCAGAGCCCAACUGUCAGGAAAUACGCCAAGGUUGCUCUGGCCUCCUACAGCCCAGAGAGGAAGGUUCAACGGAAAGAGAACGACAUGGAGACGCUGAUCCUCACGCCACCGCCGGGGACGGCCGACAUCGACAAGGAAGGAGAGGAAGGGAGGAAGGCACGAGAAAUCUGCUUUAUUAACAUCCAGCGAGAGCUGAGGAUUCGAGGGGUGUUCCUACGCCACGAGUACCCACAGAUAUACCAGCAGCUCUGUGAGUUUGUAGAGAGGAACAGGAGGUUUACACCUACUACCAUCUACCCAAUUGACAAGCGGACAGGAAAACAGUUCAUGUGCAUGAUCAUGGCAGCCUCAGAGCCAAGGACACUGGACUGGGUAGGCACCCCUCAUCUUCUCGACGACAUCAUCUAAGCAAGUGCACCUUCCAAUGUACAUAAACUAAUCUAUAUAUAUGUAUAGAAAUACAUAUAUAUAUAUUGUGAUACAAUACAUAUCUCUAUAUAUUGGGCUUAUUUAUUAUAAAUGUUUGUAGAUAUGUAUUUUAUUAUUCACAAGAGAUAUAUUCCCAUCUGCGUGUGGUCAGUAUUAUUCAUAUUUAGAAUAUUGCCUGCCAAAUGCAGAAUAGAAGUAACUUCUAGUUUGUUUAUCGUCAUGAUGUCAUACCAAUCUUUGUUCACUCAGUUUCCUACUUUUCUGAUUAGCACAUAUUAUUUUUUCAUGGUUGUACAUACAUGUUAAUUGUGAUUUGAAAUGCCUUGGUCCAGUUUUGAAAUAGAGACCAUUUCUGUUUUUAUAGCUUACAGUCAUGCUGUCCCUUCUUGCAUCAAUGCACUUAAAUGGAGGUCAUUUUCAUCAAAGCCAGUCCUUGGACCAGUUUUACUUAGGUUUGGUGUAAGGUCUAAUCUAUCAUAUCUAAUUUGGGAUAUCAUUCAGUUUAGGGAGUUUGUUAUUGUGCUAUAAGUGAAAAAAAAGUUUUUUCCUAUGCAACCAAAUCUGUUGAGGAACUCCAUUUAAAGCUUAUUUACUUUGGAAAACAAAAUAAAUUAUUGAUUUUAUAUUUAUACAUGCAUGGAAAAUAUGAGAAUAUAUAAUACUGAUUAUAUUAUACAACAUUGAGAUAUAUUAUGAAAUUAUGGUAUAUAACUAUAUUCAGAUAUUAUAAUAGACUGUGGUUUGAAAAAAUAAACCAAUUGUCCACAAUCAGAUAAUAAAUACCCUUUUCCUGACAGAUGUGAAAAAAGAGAGAUCACAAUGAAGUUUAAAAAAAGGUCCUAGCAGCAGUUUUGUGGAAUUAACUAUGAAAGUAGAUAUUCCUAUGGUUUCGUUAAAUGUUGCAUAAAGGAAGGUUUUUAUCAUUUGGAAGGAACAUUUGAACUGCUGAAAACUCCUACAGAUGAUGGGGCAGAGUAUUAUGUUACAAAGUCUUAAUGCUGAGAUGCUGUAGUGCUGUAAUUUGGUAUCUCAUUUCUGUAAGUGAUUUAUCCUGUAUGGGUUUCAACUGAAGUAAAUCCACUGGUGCUUUAAUGUAUGCUUGGUAGAAUUACUUGAGCAAUAACUGAACUUGAAGGCGAAGUCGACUCAAAAGUAUAGUUUGUAUGGAAUCAUGCUAUACACAUUAGGUGUUGGCCUGUACUGUUCGAUUUGAAACACUGUGAAUUGAGACAUCUGAUGUUCAUUGUAGAGUACUCCUGCGGUCUCUUAAACUAGUCUCAAAGUCCAAGGUUAGAUAUCUGUGCUGAAUAUGAACUGAGAUGUUUUAACACAGCUGCUGUACUUUUUGUCCAUAGACAUUUGUGAUCAGUUUGCCUCAAUAGCUGUGUGGUGUGGUACUUAAAUAAGCUCGCAAACAAGUUUGCUGUGUGUGUUUGAAUGCGUUGAGUAUAUGAUAUUUGCUUUACGUUUAUUAAAAGGUAUUUUCAUGGAUAAAAAAAGAUAAGACAUUUUCUUGUCACUUUCCCAACGUAACUGCCUCUAACAGCAGUAGUGGCAUUCAGGACUAGUUUCUUUUUGAGGGAGGUACUGUACAUGCCAGGAGGGCACAGGUCAGUUGAGUGAGGGGGCAUCUUGAAACGUCACCUGUGGUGUAGGAUUAUGUUGCACAGAGUUGCACUUUUAAGUGACCUUUUACUCAGAGUUUGGUCCCUAUUUAUUUUACUUCCUGUUACAAUUUUUUUUUUUUAAACCCUCCCUGAAAAUAUGUCCUGUUUUUGUUUUUAAAAACAGUGCCCUCUGCUGUUUGUAAUGAGUUAAACGUGUAGAAUGACUAUCACCUCCAGCUUUGUCAGAGUUUGCAAGUAUAUCAUACUUUUUUUUGUUUUUGUCAAGGUCUCUUGCAUAGCACAACUCUCACACACGUCCUAGUACAAAAGCACUGCUAGACUUCCCAUGGCACACGGUCUGAACUCACUUGCUUGGUAGAACCUGUGCAAAGACCUGAUUGCAUGUAAUUCUAUUUUUUCUAUUUUAUCAUGACAUUGAUGAUGAUUAUUAAUUAACCUGCUUGACUCUUUGAUAUUUGAAAAAUCUAUGAAGGAAAACUCUUUAGGAGUAGUGGUAAAUGAGUAAUAUUUUUUAAGAUCAUUGUGCAACUGUUCCUGUUAUGCUGACAUAAAAAUAUGGAGAAGAAGCCUCAUAUUAAAAAUAAAACUCUUUAAACCAUUGUUGUAUUUUUUCUAUGUCCAUUCUCUUUUUUUGGACUGU